AUGCAGGCAUUGUGGCCAUAUCACACCUAUCGGCCAGUCACCUGGGAUCGAUACUACGUUAAUGAGCAUCAUGAAAUCUUUCUUUUCACGUUCGGGUGCCGUAUCUACAGCCAAUACGCUGAUAGAUCACAAUCACAAAACUCCCAAACGCAAGACACGGGUUUGAGUGAGUCGUUAGCGGAGGACAUGUGGAUAUGUGGUGUACCCCAAGGUCCACCGCCACCCUACGAGGUAGCUAUUCGUAUGCCGUCUUCUCCACCGGAUGCGAGUCCAGUCUAA